AUGCUUAGCCCUGUCGUUUCCGACUCGUUUUCUAUGAUAGAACUAGACUUAGCGAGUGAUGAUUAUCAUGGAUGCAAAACGAAUGUGUCGCAGCAUCAUGGAUUAGAGGGAUCACACCCGUCUAUGCCACUUAUGGUGUUACCACUCGAUGCAGUAUCCCCUGAGCUUAAGACAGAUAUGAGCUCUAAUAACGAUACUACUGAUGCUGCUGGUAAUGGUACUUCUUAUCUUUCGGCACAACAAGCUGAGUAUCACUACGGACACCAUAUUCCGUCAGGCAUAGAAAGCAUCGUUUUUGAUGCUCUGCCUCAUAUGUUCGUGUCUUCUGAACCGGAGGACCACAGGUUCAUGCCCGAACUCUAUCUUCGACAAAAUGAACGCGUCGAAUCCGAGGCCGUAUUCAUUUCAAAUUACAGUAGGCCUCCGAGUCAUCAUGAAUUGAUCGAUCAGACUCAGUGGCAACACCAACAGUCUGAGUCUGCUUGCAUUCCCAUCAGAGACCAAGGAGUUAGGUUAACCGAGAUAAGCUCAUCAUUGGAUGCAAAACCUUUCGGGUCAGAGCCAGAACUUGUGUCAGAAACAGACCCAAUAACCGAACCAACAUAUCACCGAUGCAUUAUUCGUCCUUACCUCAAUGGCAGCCUUAACGUCACCAUAAUCUAUGAGCCUACCAAGUAUCCUGCGUUGAAUAUCAGCGAGCCAUUGAAACCUAUGGGUAUAUUUCGAGAGAAGUACGGGAUUCCCCACCAUCUGGGUGAGAAACACGACCAUAAGUCUUUAUUUAAAUUUACCGAUGACAAACAACGAGAUCAUUACUACCAGAGGAUGAACAGACGGAAGCUUCAAGAAGUGCUAGGACUCCAAGAGUUCCCUAUUGAAGUUACAUUAUAUUUGGAGAAAGUGGUUGUAGAGAUUGUACAAACUAAAUUAAAGCAUCCCAUUGGACACAAAACAUGGAUGCGAGAAACUACACCUAUGGAAAGAGUGGAGAUUAUUGACAGAUUAUUGAGAUAUACAGCCAUACUCUUCCCGAACUUGGAUCGAUUCCAUUUGGAUGUUAUUUUGCGGAGGGCAUCGUAUUUUGCGAUGCAAACUAAUAAAAGAAAGGAGAGAAGACACAAGGAAGUAAAGGCAAAGAAGUCCGAGAAAUACAUACAGUCUAUUAGAAAGCAGCUUUUAUUUUUAAUGGGUAAUAAUACUUCUACGUCGACACGAAAAUCGACUGCUAGUGGGUUGAAACCUACGAUGUCUAAUCGUGAAGAAGCUUAUAAGAAUUUGGAUGAAGAGUUCAGUGACUUGAUCCUUCAUCAAGUGAAAACUGAUCCACAACCAUUGACCACUACUCAUAGAGAACAACUUGCUGGACUUGGUCAACAUCAACAUGAAUUAGACUUGAGAAAGUCUGUUUUAAAUGAAUCCAUUAAGGCAGAGUUAGUGUCACAGAAAUCAGACUCGGGUUUAGGGUCCAGAUCGGGUUCAGAAUCAUUCCCCGUUCUCAAAUCACAAGCUCAACCGGAUCUUGCACCAGGAUGGGUGGGUGGAGAUUCCAUUGCUGCUACUACAAACACUUCUACCGUAGAGGCAUAUGCCCAUCAGCCGAACGACCUACUGAUUCAUUAUCGUCAGUUUCUGAGCGAUCUUCUUGAAGACGAAUUCAACGAAGUCCAUGACGGGUUACUAGAAACAGAUGAUGAAACAGAAAACGAAGUACACAGAAAUAUUAUCCCCAAGAAAGAUGACGACGAAGAUACCACAGAGUCCUCGAUUCAGCUGAAAUUAGAUAGAGACAUAGAAAUGUCAGGACCUGGCGACCUCGAUGACGUCAUGGAUGACAUUGACAUUUCAACAAGUGAUGCAGAUAGAGAAAUGGAUAGAGAUUUGUCAAUGCCAGAUUUGAGUCAAGUUGAACACAGAGAUGCUCAACAAGAUCAAAAUCAACAGCAACAGCAACAACAACAGCAACAACAACAGCAACAUCAGCAACAACAACAACAUCAUCAUCAUCAGCAGCAACAACAACAACAACAACAACAACAACAACAACAACAACAUCAGCAACAACAACAACAACAACAACUGAAUCAAAGCAAAACUAUUCCUAUCGAAAUCAAAUGGGUUAAUUCCAAUAACGAGCCCAUUAAAAAAGUCUCCAUUAUUGGGUCUUUCUCUAAUUGGAGGGAUGUACUUCGGUUGAAACGUUCAAGUAAACAUCCUAAUGAAUAUGUGACAACUAUGCGGUUACCUUUAGGUGUGCAUAAGUUAUUGUAUAUUGUGAACAAUGAGUAUCGGGUUAGCGAUCAGUUACCAACAGCCACUGAUCAAGAAGGGAUAUUUUUCAAUUGGUUUGAAGUCAUUGAUGAUUUCCGUUUAUUCAACCACUCCCAAAACCAAACUUUUCAUCAAGGUGCAUCAUCCGAGUAUGAUGCCAAUAUAGUAACACAGCCACCAUCCUCUGUGGUUGCAGGUGAGUAUGAAGUAAAUAGGAUAAGAGAAGCAUCCAAUAGUUUCUUAGAGAAGAUUUCAAAAGAUUAUGAUGAGCAGCAUGUUGAAUAUGCCGAAAGUGUGCCUCUGCUGCAACAACAACAACAACAACAACAACAACAGCAACAACAACAACAACAACAACAGCAACAACAACAACAACAACAACAACAGCAACAGCAGCACUAUCAAGUACCAGGAAGUCAAAUUUUCAAUCAACAACAACAGUCAAUACCUCCACCACAGAAUUUUGCCAGUGGUGAUCUUGUUUCACUGAAUAACUCGACAUAUGCUCGAUUCGAUGCUUCGAGUUCAUCUCUAGUUAACCAUUCAAUUGAAAACAAAACUCUUGAAUAUUCCAGCGAUAUUCCAGAUAUGUUUUUGAACUAUUCUUACUUCAAGGAGAAUACGAACUUUGAAUUAACAGAACCACCGCAAUUGCCAGCUCAAUUGAACAAUGUUCUAUUAAACAAAAUGAAUAACCAACAUCAGAGUAUGCGUGAACUGGUCAGCUAUGCGGGACAAGGGCCAGGGAAGUUGCGUCCUCAAUUGAAAAGAAGUGAUAGUUCAUAUUACGCAUCCAAUAAGGAUUCAUAUCAUCUUUCAAUUCCAAACCAUGUAAUUUUGAAUCACUUGAUGACAACACUGAUUAAGAAUGAUGUUCUUACAGUUGCUUGUAUCACCAGAUAUUCAGGAAAGUUUGUCACCCAAAUUAUGCAUUCACCUGCUGAGCAAUCCAAGAAUCAGUGCCAAGAGGAUAGACUCCAGCUUGGAGGAGCCAUGCGCAAAAACGAUUGUAUAGCCGGAAGAUUAAAGAAAGCCAUCAACAGAGCGGGAAACCAAGUGCUUGUGAGGACCGGUCAAGUGGAACAAUCUAUUGACAAGGAGUUUGAAUUUGAAGAGAAGCGGUAUCGGGAGAUGGAGAAGACUAGUGGCAAGCUUCAUAAGGAGCUUCGGAGUUAUUUGGAGCUGCUCCGGAUUGUCACUCAAGCACAAACGAAUGUAGGAGAAGUACUUAGCGAGUAUUAUGGUAGUGGCAAACAUAUUACAGAUAAUGAUAAUAAUGUUACAGGUAAUAAUGAUACGUCAGAUUUUGCCGUACAAUAUUUUCAAACGGUCAAGAAGAUAGGAGAAGAAACACUAUUGGAUUUAGAAGGUCCUUAUAAUCAGACUAUACUAAAUCCUUUAUCCCGAUUCAAUUCGUAUUACCCGGAGAUUAAUUCCGCCAUCAAGAAGCGGGCCCGGAAGCAACUUGAUUAUGAUCUGCUCAAGUGCAAAGUGAAUAAGAUGAUUGACAAGGAGCAGCAGAAUGUACAAGAACAUAGAGAAAGAGAUCCUCGAUUACCGGAGUUAAAUAAACAGUUACAAGCGGCAGAAGAAACAUAUACCAAAUUGAAUGAUCAACUUAAACAGGAACUCCCCAAUUUUGUUAAUCUCCGGAUCCCCUUUUUGGAUCCAUCGUUUUCACUGUUUGUUAAGCUACAAAUGAAGUUCUUUGAUGAUAAUUACCAGCAGUUAAGUCAACUUGAACUGAGGUUGGAUGCAAAGUCACGUGAGGAGUAUAUUAAGGGUGAUUUGGAUAAGAAGAUUGAUCUUGCAUUGGUAAAGAUGAAGGAGUUGAAUAUAACAGUGUAG